AUGCCUCAAUCACAAGACCCUACAAUCGUUGAGACUGGUACCAAACUGGUCGAGACUCUUAAAGGUGCUUUCCAUACUCCUGCAGGAUAUCGACCAGUACACGCCAAGGGGCUCUUACUCACUGGUACAUUCACCCCAGCUCCACUCGCAUCGCAACUCUCAAUUGCACCUCAUUUCAAUAACCCCUCUACGGCUAUUAUCGGUAGAUUCUCAGAUAACACUGGUAUACCCAAAAUACCCGAUACCGACGAUAAUGCCAAUCCUGCUGGAUUCGCUUUGAGGUUCAUGUAUGGAGAUAGGAAACAUACAGAUAUCAUCUCUCAUGCUGUUCCCUUAUUCCCAGUUAAAACAGGUCAAGAGAUGUUGGAAUUCCUCGAUUCCCUCGGUGAUGGGACUAUCGGACAGUUCUUAGCCACUCAUGAAAAAACAAAGAAAUUCAUCGAAUAUCCUAAACCCCAUCCGGAGAGAUUCGAUACUCAGAAAUACUAUGCUCUUAACGCUUUCAAAUUGGUCAAUGGAAAUGGGAAAAUUACGAUCGUAAGAUAUCAGAUCCAUCCUUUCUCAGGAGAAGAAUCGUUCUUGGAGAAUGAACAAGUCAAGUCCAAGUCGGAUAAUUAUCUCUUCGAUCAACUCAAGGAUACAAUAACCGGAGGAGAAACAGUGAAAUUUAGAUUGAUGAUACAAGUUGGACAAGAUGGAGAUCCGACUAAUGAUAUUACCAACCAAUGGCCUAAUACUCGUAAGAUCGAAGAUUUGGGUGUGAUUGAAUUUAAUGGAUUAUCACAACAUGAUGAAGAGGAACAAAAGAAAAUCAUAUUCGAUCCUAUCCCCAGAGUUAAAGGGGUAGAACCUUCCGAUGAUCCGUUAUUGGAGAUGAGGGCGAGUGUGUACUUGACGAGUGGGAAAGAACGAAGAGCUGCACCACAUGUGGAGAAGGAGAAUGCCGAUGGAUUGGAUGGAUUGGAUGGACAAGCUGAUGGAGCGGCUGAGAUACAUUAG